AUGUCAAGCCUAAGUGGGCUUGGUCGUGCUGGCCACGAUUCCGAGCUCAAGCUCGCUAGCGAGGAACAACUCUCGGCCAUCCGCAGAAUGGCUCAGAUUGUGGCACGCAUCUUUUACGAUGAUCGACACAUUGUUCUCAUGGACCAGCUCGUCAGCAUCACAGUGCUUCCGGCCGAUGUUCUCGCGCACCGUCUCGGCAUUCAAGUCAAGGAGCUAGCAGCGCUUUCAUCCAAACUCUUGGAAGACAAGCUGAUCUGCACCUUUCGCAGAAACGAAAUCAGAGAUACCAUCACCAAUCGUAGCGUUCCUCGGACGUACUACUAUCUCGAUUUCAAGCUCUUCCUCGAUGUCACCAAGUGGCGCAUGAUGUCAAUCCGUAAGAAGAUCGACACGCGUCUGCGCAACGAGCUCGACAACAAAGGCUACGUCUGUCCCAGGUGCAAAAAGUCGUACUCGACUCUCGAAGUUGCGCAUCUGCUCGACAUGUUUCGUAACGUGUUUGUCUGCGACACCCCAGGCUGCAGCACCGAGCUGGUUGAUAAUGAAGAAGCCGAGGACGUCAAGAGGAGCAAGGACAGUCUCAUGCGAUUCAACGAGCAGCUCUCCACUUUGCUCGGAGGUCUUCGUCGCACCGAAGGAAUCACGUUACCUCCUCUCGAUGUCGGCGCUUGGCUGACCAAGCAUGCCGCCUCGCAGCCUUGGUUUGCCGCCAGGUCGGAAGACGCUUCGUCUGCUCCUCCUUCUACCGUCAAUGGCGCGCCUGCUCUGCAGGUGGAUCUUGCCUCGAAUGAUCCGGCAGCCGAAGCCGCAAGACGGCUCGCCAAGCAGAAAGCAGAAGACGAACAGCGAAAGCAGAACGCACUGCCUGCCUGGCAUCUUGCCAGUACCGUCAGCGGCGAGCAAACCGCUCUGGGUCGUAAGCAACAGCGUCUCAGUUCGUCCAACGGCUUCGAUCUUGACGAGGGUAGGCAAGACGAUGAUGCCGACGAUGACGACUACUAUGCGCAGUAUGCAAGUCUGCAGACGGCAGAAGCAGCAGCAGCAGCAGCGGCAGACUCGUCGUCCAAACCCAACCAAGCGCCAUUGGUGGAUGAGGAAGAGUUUGACGACUUUGAACCUGUCACUCAACCCUCCACCGACGCAGGUACACAGCGAAAGCGAUCACGGUCUCGGUCAGCCAGCGAUGCAGACAACAAGCGCGCCAAGUCGACGGUACAUGCGAGCGCGAGUGGAGAUAACACUGUGACGGUAGAGACCGGUGAAGACGAGGAUGGCAUGGACGACUUUGAGGAUGUCGUGUAG